ACAGCAUGCUGUUGCUGAUUUUGAUCCUCAGAGCCUAGCCAAAUCACCUCUACUGCUGUAUCAAACACUGUGUAAGUGAACUCAUGUGUGGAGGAGGCAUAAUCAGCUGGGAAAUUUCAUAGAAGGAUCUGGGAAAAGGCUAAAAAUAAGUUCAACAUGAUUCUGCUCCUGGGGUCUGGAUUGCUACAGGACCAGCAUUGCUUCUUGCUUUGAAUUCUGAAGACAGGUCCAAAGCAUAUUUCUUAUGUGUGUGUGCUGUGUUUCUCUCUGGAAGGGCGGGAGACUGCUUCUUGACUGUGUUUUGAAAUGGGAGGUAGAAUGGAUUGCCUUUAAUUCAAGCCUGAAAAAUGUAUUCUUUGGAUAAUUAAAGAGAAACUGCUUUCCUAACACAAACGUGAUCUUUUAGUUCGUAUUGGUCUGUGACCCCCACCACCACCAUUUAACCUCCAGAGUGAUUAGCUUGCCCCUCUUGUAUUCUCAUGGAAGGAGCUGAGUAUAUCUAAUAUUAGGAGAACAUCCAGAAGCCGUUGAGGAGGGGGAUGGCUCUUCAUAUUCAUGAAGCUUGCAUACUGUUAUUGGUCAUCCCCGGAUUGGUCACCUCUGCUGCCAUCAGUCAUGAAGACUAUCCUGCUGAUGAAGGUGACCAGACCUCCAGUAACGACAACCUGAUUUUUGAUGACUAUCGAGGGAAGGGGUGUGUGGAUGACAGUGGCUUUGUAUACAAGUUGGGAGAAAGAUUUUUCCCAGGGCAUUCCAACUGCCCGUGUGUCUGUGCUCUGGAUGGACCUGUCUGUGACCAGCCAGAAUGCCCUAAAAUUCACCCAAAGUGUACUAAAGUGGAACACAAUGGAUGCUGUCCUGAGUGCAAAGAAGUCAAAAACUUUUGUGAAUAUCAUGGGAAAAAUUACAAGAUCUUGGAGGAAUUUAAGGUAUGA